CCGGCGUCAUUGCGUAGGGAGGCGUGUGUGACAUUUGCGGUGCAAGAAGCUAGUUUGAGAACAGCUAACCGGGUAAAGAUGAGGACCUAGAGAAGAAAGUAGGAAAUAUUUUUUCCGUUUAGCACCAGGGUCGAGUUUUGGCUUUGACUUGGUCAUGGUUCCCCGAUUAGAGAAGAUAUUUAUGUCAAAUGUAGCGUUUGGUAAAACUUCCUGUGUUGGCGAGCACGUUGAGUAGUUAAGCUAAUGCCUUUUUUUCUGAACUUGUAGUAAACGUGCAGAGUUCAGGCUGAGGACGUGUUCCGGUUUGCUGUCCUGAGAUGUCCGUACUAAUAUUUGAUAACUGCAACUUAAGUUUAUGCAUUGCUGUAUGGCUUUAAGCGCUUGAGCCGACUUGACAAACUGCGUUGUUUUUUUUUGCACACAAGGUUAAAAUUAGCUUUAGCCAACUAGCUCCUCAUUCCCUUCUUGCUGCAGCUUUCUCACUUUUCCUCCGCUGACUAGUCGGGACAGGUGUGCUGAAAUUGGGACAGGUGUGUUGUGGGAUACCCAGGGUGCACUGCUACUUAAUCACGGCGUGCGCUGACAGUCCACUUCAGGGAUUUUCUGUCACUUCAGUGGAGCCAGAGGUGCAAUCAUGCUGCUCUCUUUGGUUGUGCACACAUACUCGCUGCGGUACUGGUUUCCUGCUACGAUUAUGCUGGGGACAGCCCCGGCUUAUCUGCUGUCAUGGGGGGCUUGGCGCUUGCUGUCAACUAUCUUACCAUCGAGUUUGUACCACAAAAUAGACGACCGGUUGUACUGCGUCUACCAGAGUAUGGUCCUAUUCUUCUUUGAAAACUACACAGGAGUUGAGAUUGUUAUUUAUGGAGAUAUACCAAAGAACAAGGAGAAUGUGGUUUACCUGUCAAAUCAUCAAUGCACAGCUGACUGGAUCAUUGCUGACAUGCUUGCCAUCAGGCAGAGCGCUCUGGGUCAUGUCAGAUAUGUCCUUAAAGAUGGACUCAAGUGGCUGCCGCUAUAUGGAUGGUAUUUCUCUGAGCACGGGGGAAUCUAUGUGAAACGAAGCUCAAAGUUCAAUGAAAAGGCGAUGAGGAAGAAGCUCCUUGCUCAGACUCAGCGUGGAGCACCGAUGUACCUCGUCAUCUUCCCUGAAGGAACUCGGUAUAAUCCAGACCUCAAGAAUGUUAUCGCUGACAGUCAGGCUUUUGCUGCGAAAGAAGGGCUCACUGUCCUGAAGCACACUCUAACACCCAGAAUGAAAGCAGCUCAUGUAGCCAUCGAUACUAUGAAGGGCCACCUGGAUGCUGUGUAUGACGUCACUGUGGCCUACGAGGGAACGCUGGACAGCUCCGGGCAGAGGAGAUCUGCACCAGCGAUGCCAGAAUUCCUCUGCAAAGAAUGCCGCCGCAUCCACAUACACUUCGACCGUGUGGACAUAAAAGAAAUUCCCUCGGAGCCGGCGUUUUUCCGCAGAUGGCUGCACGAUCGCUUCGAAAUCAAGGACCGGCUGCUGACCAAUUUCUACGAGUCGCAGGAUUCCGACAAAUUAUGCAAGUUCCCCGGUGAGGGCAAACCUUCUCCGCUGAAUCUCUCGAAAACCCUGCCCUCCUUGGUCAUCCUUGGGGGACUGACACUGCCAAUGCUGCUGACAGAAAAGGGCAGGAAGCUGUACGUGAGAACCUGGGUGUGUGGGACGCUGCUGGGCUGGCUGUGGGUAAACAUUUUUCCCUAACAAAUCGAGGCCAGUCUGCCACGAUGAGACGCACAAAAGACUCGAGACGGUGCCAUUUUCCUGUAUCGCGACACAAUGUAUGCUCCAGAUGCAGAGCAGUAUGUGAUAAAAGGCUCAGAGAUAUUUUUGUUUGACUGUUUGACCGGAGACACUGAGAAAUGUUAGCCUUUUGUGCUACUUGCUCCCUCCUCAACCUGAAAUGACAAAACCUUUGUUAAAGUAUUAUAUUCCCCAAAAGUUAUUGAAAUAGCUUCAUACCUCUAUUAAAAUAACCCCUCCUUCCUUUCAUCGGAUUUAGCCAAAUUAGUAUCCUUGCAUGCUGUUUUCUUCUUCUUUGGUCUUUGGCCAGUUUAGUUCUAAUUAUUUCUGAGAGCAAAGUGUGCCAAGCACUCUAAAAACACAUGCAACGAUCACGGUCGGCUGCUGUACUAAAGAGCACAGCCUGCUGCUGAUUGAUCAUUUAAGUGCACUGAUUUAUUGGUAUUGGUUGUAAUGUUUGUCUUGUUUCAUGCCAAGUCUCAUAUCAGGAAGAAAUGCACUUUUCCCCCUCGUAUAAGGUGAUGUUUGUUUUUGUUUUUUACAUUGGUCGAACAACAUGCAGUCCUCUACACGGGCCCAUACGGGUGACACCAGCUACAUUGUUUAUUUUAAAUAAUCAUCUUUUGUUUCCUCACUGUGAAUGUAGCCGUAAGAACAAGUAUAUUUGUGGAUCUGUGAAAGACUAGCCCCUCCCCCUUUUCUCUUUUCAGCUCAGCCUUUUUUGUCAAGAAACACUGUUGGAGCUCGCAGUGGAGGACUGUCAGUGAACUUGUUCCACUAAUGUAAAUCAUUACUUCCACCUUUAAAAUCGUCAGUCAUUGCCAAAACCUGUUGCGUUUUGUUUUUCCACAUCGUCCCACUGAGAGCGUCUCUGCCGUCGUCGACAACGUAUUGCUCAACUUAAAACACGCAAAGAGGCUUUACGUGUUUGUUCCUCUGAGUUAAUAAAGAAAAUCUGAUUUUUUCAUAAUUAUUCAUAACUUUUCUAUAUGCAUUUGUUACGACCGUGUUAAGGUUCACGUCUGUCUACCUAACAAAACGCUGACAAAGCCAUGUUAACAGUAUAUCGCAGGUUUCCUGUGCACUCAAAGCCAUUUGUAUUUUAAACAUCAUUGUAUCGUGAAAUGCACUGUAUGUCUGUUGUCGUUGUUUACCAUGAAAGCGUUGCAUUUUCCACACGUCACUUUACGUAUUUACGACCUCCUGUAGCCUGAUGUGUUUUAUUUCCUUGUGUGGAUGGUAUAGUAAUUUACAUCUUGCUCUAAUACCUCACUUGAAUAAUCCUUCCUUGUUUUUAAAUGACCUUUGUCAGCCAUUUUCUAGUCAUUUUUAUCCAGACGAGCUCUGACUGUAACUCAUCAGGAAACUCUGUAGACAGUGUAUUAAAUGCCAACUGUUUUUGGAAAUGCGUGCCUUCUCUUUGGAGGAGUCGGUCCUCGGCCGUCUCACAGAGCGCCACGGUGGCUCUAUUUUCUUUCCGCCAGGUGACUGCACAGAUGCUCUCUGCUGGAGCUGCUGCUCACUGCAGCAUGCGGCAAUACUGUCUACAGUUCAUAGUGGCUUAUUUUCCUCUAAGAAUGCAUUGAUUUACACUUGAGGACUAUUAUUAAAUGGUGAAACCUUUAAUGCGUGUAAGUUAUGGAAGUUGGGGGUGAGAAUGAAAUAAAGUGGUUUUCCUGGGCAA